CUCGAGGUGAACCAGACUCAACAGUAUCCCUGACAGUGCCAGUAUGACUACACAUGUGUGCAGGAUCCUGGUGUGCACACUCAUGUGCACCCUGCUGGUGGCCCUGGCGUGUGCACGAGACACAGGUGCCACCUACACUUCGCCCGCUCCACCCCAGGUGCCAGACUCGCACCUUCAAGGAUCGCCUUCACCUCUACAGGAACACGAGAUGAGGAAGAGAUUCAUCUGGACACUUACUCAGGAGCCCUACUUCUACGGGAAGUAUGGUAGAGGCAGUCAUGGUGGGGAGCAGCAGGUCCAGCAGGAGGUGCAGCAGCAGGAGGUGCAGUCACUGGAGGGAGGGGCAGCUGUGGGCUCGGAACUCCUGCCUCAGGCACUCUCCCUGAGGAACCCGUCCUCCAUGCACAAGCGACUCUACCCUCGCUGGUACCAGGCAUAUGUCUAUAAGAACCCCAACUUCAAGCAGGUUCCAGGACCAGUGGGAGGUGGUAGUAAGAGAUUCCAGCCCUUCCACCCCCUGGCCAGGUUCCGAGGACUGUCCCUUGGCACCUCCCAGUACUCCUCUGGGCACCCAGCACUGCUCGACCUGCCUAUCUCUGACCACUCCGGGCACAGGCUUCCAACAGCACCCAAUGCCCAGCCAUCCUUAAAGUACCAGAAUCCUGCAGAGGAAGAGGUGGUGUCUGAGGAGGACAGUGAUGAUGAGGUGGGUCAGCAAGUCAGAGCCGGAGAACUGCUCCAGUUCCUAAAAACUAUCGCCAGUGACCGUGGCCUCUCCAGCCACACCAAAGGUUUCCGGUUUGGCAUCAGCCGGAGGAAGUAGACGUCAGCACUGCACUUGUGGACCACGAUCACCUGUACUACACCUGCACCUUCAACCAAUGACGUCCUGAAAAGUUGGAUGUGCUCAUUCAAGUUACUUACAAAAUAAACAGAAAUGUGAAUCAAAGAGGCAAACAUUUUAAGCUUUUCACUUAAUGUCAGCUUGGUUAUGAUUAUAAUAAUAAUUAAUGUCAAUUAUAGUAUUGUACUUUGUAUAGUACAGUAAGACUCAAAAAACCUCCAACUAGAGAGAGAGUAACAGAUUUAUUCUGUGUCUUUGAUUCACUUUGUCGGCUUCUGAGUAAGUUGCAUAAACCAUGCCAGAGCUGCUAAGCAACAAUAAUGUUAUAAGCUGUUAUUUUGGAUAAAGAACAAGUGGAAAGGAUCAAUAAUGGUAACAUGUUUUCUAGUCAGUAUUGCUUUAUUUCAAUUAUUUAAAAAAUAGGGUGGACAGUCAUACAUAUUCAUGAAUUGCUGGAGUAAGACAAAAAUUAUUUUUAUGCAUUACACAGUAUUAUAGGCAUUAGCAUAGAUGUGUAUAGAUGGAAGGACACAAGUGGUCACACUCAGGACUUAUUUAUUGGAUAUGAUUAGUUCCUGGGACCCCGGUCACUCCAAAUGAUACAAGAGAAUGAUAUAAGAGUGUAUAUGUAGUGGAGCAUGCAAGUCCUGGGUGAUGGUCAGGUGAAGGUGUUAGGUUAUCUAAUUGCUGUGUCACCUGGCAGCUGGAAAAUACUGGAACAAUAACAUAAGUACAAGAAUAGCUGAGAUAAUGUAUUUACCAGCCCUUUGGUCUAUGGUGUUGGAAGUAGACUGAGGAUGUUUCAAUACAAUGACACCUACCCUUGUCAGAGCCUCUGUAGAUCAUUCCUAAUUUGUUUCAGGGCAUAAUGUGUCCCUUUUUAGUUGUGUGUAUGACAAGCAUUACUGGUGUUAUCCUGACUACAUGCAUAUUUGUGUUCUUGGAUCCAUGGGGACAGAAUCCUCUCCUGUUCUCUCCUAUAGAUCUUGUUGUAACCUCUGCUUGGUGUGGUGUUCAUUCCUGCUUCACUGUUGGGUGUAACUUACUUAUCUUUCUUCCUGGUGAGGUCUAUGAUGCAAGACAUGGCUAUGGCAGCUAUGCUAGAUGUUGCUUCUAGAAAAGGCCUGUGUGCAUUGCUGUUGGCCACUUCUCCUCCAGAUAGAAUAAAAAUCUGGGUUUCUCAUAGAGGGGCAGUGCUGUAUGACCUUUGUGAGUUUAGUGCUUAGUUAUGAAUAUAAUAAUAAUUCUCAGAGGUGUUGUCAAGCAUAGUUUUACUGCUGCAUUUCCAGUCUUGUAUAAAGUAGGGAGGAAAGUGUGUGUGAAGGCAUGGAUAAUGUACUGAAAUUCUCCUAAGAAUUUAGGACUGGAGAUACAGAUAGCUCCUAUGGAAAACCUAUUGGUCACUCUUCUUUCAGCAUGAGUAGCAAUGAGUAAAAUCAUGUGUGGGCUUCCUGUAGACCCUGGAAGACAGAACAUAGAAAGACAUCAACAAAUGGCAGUGCUUUUUAGCUAACCUAGUUCAAGAAUGAGUUUGAUAGUUUUGAAGUUAUUGAUCUUGUGAAGGUCUCGUAUAUUAAGUCUUUUAGGAUAUAUGAUCAGGAUGUUGACAUAUCUAAGCUGUGUGACAGGACUGAUACUGCAAAAGCCUUUAGCCUCCAGGUUCCCUCAAAAAUGUUGCCCAGAAUGGCACUCUGUGGUUUCCCACAAUUAAGUCAAAGAACUGCUUGAAAAUUUGAUUUUCAUAUCUAAAGUAGUUGAAAUUCACUCAGUCAUGGUGAGGAGGCAAACUGGUGUCAACUGUAAGCCUAAGUUUGUCAGUGAUAGCAUUAGUGAGAGCAUUUAAGAAUAAACAUAUAUUAUUCAAUGCUAUCCGGCUAGGCAUCCUGCUAGUCUGUGUGGGGGGCAUUUCUGACACCUAAUGGGAGGCAUUUCUGACACCUAAUGGGAGAGGAUGAAUAAAAAUCAAUAGUCUGAAUGUUUUUCAUAGUCCAUACAAUCGGGCUGGUCUAAGUUGUUCCCGCAUAAGGCCUUGCCUUCCUCAAAACUACGAAGCAUAUGUUUUUUGUAAGAUCUUGGUGUAUUUAUCCAGAUGUUGCCCUGUGAUUGGUUUAUAAGUUUAGAUUCCAAUCUGUCCUAUCACAUGAUGUAUUGGAAGUGCCCCACACAGACUAGCAGGACACUCAGUCAAAAGUUUAUCCAACAUGAUAAAUACUGCAAGUCAUGGUCAUCUUGAAUACUCUGGAGACCACUUUGCUUGCACUAAAAUCAUAAAGAAUAAACACAUAACCAAUUAAUGUUAUCUUGCCCUUCACAAUCACUCUCACAAAUCCCAUCAUUGAUGUACUCAAAUGUAGACUAAUGAAUGACAUAACUUCAUAGCCUUCAUCAAGCUAUGUGUUAAUUUUUCAAGCAGGUCUGCUUAACAUAGUCCUGACCAACUUCUCUCUGGAAAAGUUGGAGACUGAAAGCCUUUGCAAUAUCAUUCCUAGAAGUCUCAUAGUUCAGAUAUGUCUAUAACAUUGUGGUCAUAUAUCCCAAGACAUUGUACAAGACUGUCUUCAUAAAAUUAACAGCAUUGAAACUCGCAAAUUCACUCGUGAACAAGAAAACUGGCAAACUACCAUUUCUUGAUGUCCUUCAAUGCAGGCCACCUAAUAAGUAACACUUUCAUAGUUUACAGAAAACUUAGAAAUAAGUAUACCUUCACUCAUUUCUACUCUCACCUGAACUCACACCAAAAGAGGUAUGAUCUUUGGGUUUUUCAUGAUGCUACCCAUACCUCCAGGACUGAAUUUUUUGAAUAAUAAUAGUUCUAGUAUAUUAUGCAUGCCUUCACAUACAUACACUAUCAUCCCUAUACCAUACAGGCUUGCAAACAGCUAAGACUCAGCACUAUUACCGACAAACCCAGUUUGUAGAUUCUAUGUGGAGAAAUGGCCAACAACAUCAUGGAAAACCUUACUAGAAGCUGCCAUGAUCAUGUCUUCCAUGAGAGACCCUGCCAGGAAGAAUGAUCCCCAAGACUUGAUGGUGAAGCACAGGUGUGCUGCAACAUGUAGGGGAUAGAGCAAGAUCCGUUCAAGAGAACUAGGAAUCUUUCCACAUGGAUCCAAGAAUACAUGUGUCACCAGGAUGACGCCAGCAACACUCGCAUCAUGCACAGGUGUAGAGAGGGAGGACUCGUGCAAUGCAACAAUACAGAAAUGAUAUACAGAGAAUGCAACAAUGGUAAACACCACUACAAUGAAGCAUACUUAACUGCUGCUACCAACACCACAGAACAAGAGACUGGUAAAUAUGUCACAAUUCUGACACAGCUCCAGGUGAUGCAGCAAUCCAAUAACCUCACACCAUUACCCAUGACAUGCAUACUCUACUAUAUGUAUUGUUCUCUCACUCUCUUGUAUUAUUUGAAGUGCCCAAGGUCCUGCCACUGAAAAAUAUCCAAUAAAAAAUGUCUGAAGUUUAUACACAUGUGGUGUCAUCCAUACAUGUUUAUCACUAUACCUCAUACCUUCAUAGAGUCGUAGAAAGUAACUAUGAUAUAAUAACUAUGUAUGAUGUAGUAUUGCUAAUCACCAGGAAAAUAAAUUUACAUGAAAUAUAGUUUCUUA